AGCGUGGCAUGAAAGUGGCAUGUUGAACUGCUGAUUCACGUGGCUGCUGAUUGGUCUGCAUCGUAUCAGCUGACGUCUCGUGAAGUCAUCGAUUAAAGAAAUAUGUAGAAACGGAUUCUUUCGUCGAUACUUCCCAGAAGUACUUAUAUCACAGUAAAGAAAAAACAACGGAUCAUAUAUUCUUUGGCUGACGAAAGUGCGACUACUUGUUGCUGCUGUGGAUUCCUUAUAGUAUAUUUCCAGAAUAAUUUAUAUACAUUUUAAUUGCGACUUGUCCUAGUGUACGUCAACUGGCAGUCUACAAAUAUGAGCACUCCGGUAGCAGACAUUGCCCUUAUUGGUUUGGCAGUUAUGGGGCAAAAUUUGAUUUUAAACAUGAACGAUCAUGGAUUUGUUGUAUGUGUAUACAAUCGUACAAAAGACAAAAUUAAAUCUUUCUUGGAAAACGAAGCCAAGGGUACAAGAAUUAUUGGUGCGAGUAGUCUUGAAGAUAUGGUCAGUAAACUGAAGAGUCCAAGAAGAGUAAUGUUAUUAAUUAAAGCUGGUGAUGCUGUGGAUGAAUUUAUUAAACACCUAGUGCCUAUUCUCUCUCCUGGAGACAUUAUUAUUGAUGGUGGUAACUCAGCUUAUCAAGACAGCGAAAGACGCGCCAGAGAUCUUGAGAAAAAAGGAAUUCUUUUUGUGGGCAGCGGAGUCAGCGGUGGAGAGGAUGGUGCUAGAUAUGGACCAUCCCUGAUGCCUGGUGGUAAUCCUAAAGCCUGGCCACAUAUUAAACCUAUUUUUCAAUCGAUAUGCGCGAAAUCCAACGGAGAGCCCUGCUGCGAUUGGGUCGGAGAGUACGGCGCAGGACACUUCGUCAAGAUGGUGCACAACGGCAUUGAGUACGGCGAUAUGCAGAUUAUCUGCGAAGCGUAUCACCUAAUGAGGAACGGCCUACAACUUUCACAGGACGAGAUGAGCGCUGUGUUUGAUGAUUGGAAUAAAGGCAAGCUGGAUUCCUUCCUGAUCGAGAUCACGAGAAACAUAUUGAAGUACAAAGACGAGAACGGUCAUCUGCUGGAACGCAUUAGGGAUACAGCGGGUCAGAAGGGCACGGGCAAGUGGACGGCCAUCGCCGCACUGGACUACGGAAUGCCGGUCACUCUGAUUGGCGAAUCUGUGUUCUCCAGAUAUCUGUCGACAUUGAAAAGUGAACGCGAGGAAGCAAGCACGGUAUUAGCCGGCCCGGAUGAGACGUUCAAGGGCGACAAGAAACAGUUCCUGAAUCACUUAAAGAACGCUUUGUACGCCGCGAAAAUCAUCUCGUAUGCACAGGGCUUUAUGUUGCUGAAGGAGACCGCCAAACUUUACAAGUGGAACUUGAAUUACGGCUCGAUAGCACUGAUGUGGCGGGGUGGAUGCAUUAUAAGAAGCGCGUUCUUGGGAAAUAUUAAAGCGGCUUUCGACAAAAAUCCAAAAUUAUCCAACCUAUUAUUGGACGACUUCUUUGCCAAGGCUAUGAAGGAGUGCCACCAGAGCGCGAGAGUGGUGGUAUCCACGGCGGUGACACUGGGCAUACCGACUCCCGCUCUGUCGACGGCUCUGGCUUUCUACGACGGAUUCAGAACGGCUCGAUUACCGGCGAAUUUACUGCAAGCUCAGCGAGAUUACUUCGGCGCACAUACUUACGAGCUACUCGGUCAAGAGGGGAAGUUCGUUCACACGAAUUGGACCGGACAUGGCGGCAAUGUAUCGGCUUCUACGUACGAUGCAUGAGCACGAUGAACUUUGGUGAUAGUGAUCGCCAAAAAUGUACAGUGGGUUGCAAAACAUGGGUUUAAACAUAUUGUAGUCGGGAACUCAACAAACUGUCAAAAUUGAGAGUCAUUACCGACGGAUUUAUGUAAUAGAAUGACAAUAAUAAUUAUAUAAUUAAGGACUAAAUAAUAAUAAUAUCAGUAAUAAUUAAUAAUAUUAUUACAAGCUCAUCGCACACACACACUAGUAAUAAUUCUCAAUUCUGACGAUUUGGUGAGUUUUCAACUUCGUUGUGUCAAUUAUCUUAACCACUGUAAACGGUUAUAGGGAAAUAUUAUGAACACAGUUCGAUAGUUACAUAGCUAUAAUACAACUCGAUAUGCGUUCUAUACUGAAAGGUAAAAAAUAUUAGAAAUCUAUUCUAAUAUUGAGUCUUGUUCACGCUCUCUUUUGACGAAUAUAUGCUUGUAACAUUCCAAAGAUAUUUUUAAUGAAAUUGUGACUGUAAUAUAUAUUUUUUAAAAGUAUUUUGAAAAAUAUAUUUUAAAAAUAUGAACUGUUAACAAAAUGUAUAUGAGAGAAAGUUUAUCUACAGAAAUAGAAGUAUUUAAGAUUGAA